AUGUUUACCGUCAUCCGGAAAGUCGUGGGAUUGGUAUCGCACAGUAUCGCCAUCAUCUGCACCAUAUUCAGGCUCAUGUACAGGAGCUGGAUGCGUCACUUAUGGUGGGAUGAUGCAUGGGCGGCACUUGCACUGAUUGCAGAUGCUGUUUGUCUGGCAUGUAUUUGGGUCGACAGUGCGAUAAGUAGUGACAUGGGCCCUCAGCGUCGCAUUUACCACUGUUUUGUGGUGCGCAUCACAGCUUACUCGGUUGCAUUUCUAACAGAUUGCUUCAGGGCUGCGCGCAUGAGCGUCAUUUUUUCGAUCAUCCCUGUCGCCACCCACUCAACAUACAAGAUCCAUUCACAGAUUACCUAUCUCAUUGCAGUAUCUUUUGCGUGCAUGUGGGCCGCGCUGGUCGCCCAGAAGAUCACUAUCUGCGAAUUCCACUCUUGUCACAUGGGCAAGACGGUGGCACUCUCGCUUUUGAUAACGGACGUCAUCGCGGACAUUUCCCUCGUUGCUGCGCCGCUUUAUCUCUUGAAAAACAUACGACUUUCGCGUAGCAAAAAAUUACUGGUCCAAUCUGCAUUUAGCGCAUCACUCGUAAUUUCUGCCAUCACAGUCACUUACUCCAUACUCCUCUUCCUCAACUUCUAUAACACACUUACACUCAUGUUUGCGCACAUCAAGGCCGCACUUAGUCUCAUCGUAUGCAAUCUCCUGGUGAUCGUGACCUUCUUAUAUCGCGUAUGCUCAAAGGACACUGCAUUCGACUUGAACCAGUCGAUCGCUUCCAACGGAGUCUUUACGACUGUCAUAAUAACACCGAUGGGCAGUUGCACGAAUACCCCGGCAUCGCUUUCUUUACAAGAGGGGAUGACAUCGAGACAGCUAAAGGUGCAGGCUGGAGGGAAGGAGUCGCUUGAUGAAGAUGUGAGUGUGCAUUCCGCUGAAGAGGGCACUGAGUAG